ACUCGUUCAUGUUUUUUAAUUUGUCUCGUCAUUUCUCUAUUGAUAAUUUUGUCCCGAUGAUGCGGGAAAGCAUACUACGAGUUAUCGUUAUGUUGGUCAUUCCUGUUACAGUUUGCUCUAGCGAUUUAGCUGUAUUUAUUGACAGCCGGGGAGAAAUUUUCUAUGGUUAUGUUGAUACUGACAAUGCAUUUAUUAUGAAACCAAUGCAUCAGGAAGUUCAUGGUUGUAUUGCCGUUGCUUUUCAUAAGCAUUCUCAAUCGUUUUAUUGGUCGACUUGGGAUACUACAAACGGAUUAUGUUGGAUGAACAUCAACAGUCGAGCGGUGUCUUGUCGGAGUUCGGAGUACGUGAUAGAGGAGAUGGUAUUAGACGACAUCAAUAGGGUGCUGUAUAUUUUGGAAGAUGGAGCAAUUAAAAAGGCAGUUAUAUACCAGUCCGGUGUUGAGUAUAUUGGGCUUUUCGAAAGUGAAUCGUUUGUAUCACAUUUGGAUAUAGAGGCAGAAUCACACAUAUUGUACUACGUCAUAAUGGAUAUCUCUAAUAUUGUGCAAAGGCUCGUCAGAUAUGAUCUAGACUCUAAUCAGCGGACCACUUUGUGUAGUAUAGGUCUUGAGGCCUUUCCAAUAAUUAUCAAUGGUAAGCAGGCAGUUCAAUGA